AUGCCAAAGAGAAGUAAAUUGCUCCAAGCUCUGGACGAGCACAAGGGGAGGGAUUAUGAGGCCGAGAAGCAAAAGAAGUUGGUCAAGGCUGCAAAGAAGAGAAAGGGUGUGAGUGGAGAGGAAGAGGAGGUUCCCAAGUCGAAAAAGAAGGAGGUUGAAGAGGAAGAGAACGAUACAAGCGACUCCGAAGCCGAGAGCAUAGACGAGGAGGAAGCCGCUGCCGAAGUAUCGGAAAACGAAGAUGAUGAAGAGGAGGAGGAAGAGGAAGAGGACGACGGGGAAGACAUUCCCCUUUCAGACCUUUCUGAAGCCGACAUGGAAGACGUCGUCCCGCAUCAACGCCUCACGAUCAACAACACAGCGGCGCUGUCCACAUCCACAAAACGGAUCUCCUUCAUCACACACCUGACCCCCUUCUCCGAACACAACUCGCUCGUCUCCGCCGAAGACAUCGACGUCCCGGACGCCAACGACGAUCUAAACCGCGAGCUCGCAUUCUACAAGGUCGCUCAGUCGGCUGCGCUGCAGGCGCGCACUCUACUCAAGAAGGAAGGCGUAAAUUUCACCCGGCCUGGUGACUAUUUUGCCGAGAUGGUCAAGACGGACGAGCAUAUGGGCAAGAUUAAGAAGAAACUUUACGAUGAGGCGGCUUCGAAGAAGGCGGCUGCUGAGGCGCGAAAGCAGAGGGAUCUGAAGAAGUUCGGCAAGCAAGUGCAGGUUGCCAAGUUGCAGCAGAGGGCCAAGGAAAAGAGGGAGGCGCUCGAGAAGAUUAAUGCCUUGAAGAAGAAGCGCAAGGGUGACACAUCCGCCUCUGCCGGCGGCGAAGCUGACGAUCUCUUCGACGUCGCCGUUGAAGACGCAGUCUCCGAGAACCCCCGUAAGCGCGCCCGCGACGCAGACAGCGGCCCCAAUAUGAAGCGCCAGAAGAAGAACGAAAAGUACGGCUUUGGCGGAAAGAAGCGGUUCUCCAAGAGCGGUGACGCGAUCUCGAGUGGUGAUAUGCGUUCGUAUCCUGGUAGAAAGAUGAAGGCCGGUGGUGGUGGUGGUGGAGCUAAGCGGCCUGGGAAGAGCAAGCGGGCUGCCGCUCGAGGCCGUGCUUAG